AUGGCACAGGGAAGAAGCGGUGCAAUGGGCUUGGUGGCUUUGGUGCUUGUGGUUUUUGGGUUAUUGGAACUUAGCACCGCGACCACUUACACGGUGGGUGAUAGCGGAGGCUGGAUUUUCGGCGUAUCUGACUGGCCAAAUGGAAAAAACUUCCUGGCAGGAGAUGUGCUUGUUUUCCAGUAUUCGGCCGUCCAUCACAAUGUGGUUGCAGUGAACGCUGACGGCUACAACAGCUGCAGCGUUCCUCCUGGCUCCACGACCUACACUUCCGGCAACGACAGCAUUACCCUUCAAAAGGGAGCCAAUUUCUUCCUUUGCGGCUUUCCUGGCCAUUGCAGUGGCGGAAUGAAGAUCCAAGCCAACGCUGCAUAG